AUGUACCUCAUGUACUACUUGGAUGAUGCGGGCAAGCGUAUAUACACCCUGCAGAAAACUGCACCAGACGGGUCUCCCACACAAAGCGCCCACCCAGCGAGGUUCUCUCCAGACGAUAAGUUUUCAAGGGAGCGAGUGGAGUGCAAGAAGAGAUUCCAGCUGCUGCCAACCCAAGGGGCACCUUUGGAGCUCUGA